AUCGAGUUCGUGGUAAUAUUUCGUUUUUCUUCUCCUCCUGAAUCCAAACUUAGGGUUUAUCCCUUCUCCCAUUUUACUCGCUCGUCGAUCUGUCAAAAAAUUGAAAACUGAUGAGGGGAUCUUAUAACAAAAACCUGUUCUUGUACCACCUCACUGUCAUCACAAGAACCUCAUCACCCUCAUUUCUGAUCCCUUCACCAUCUUCCCUAUUCCGUGCUCCCAAUUACGCCACAGUCACAGAAACCCCGGAAAUACAAUCCUUUACGGUGAAUUACCUCGUCAACAAUUGUGGGUUCCUCCCAGAUUCGGCUCUUAAAGCUUCAAAAUACGUACUUUUUAAGACUCCAGAGAAACCCGACUCAGUCAUCGCACUCUUCAGGAGCUUCGGUUUCUCAGAUUUGCAGAUUCACAAUGUCAUUCGGAAAUCGCCCGGGAUUCUCGUCAGCAAACCCAAAGAGACCAUCUUGCCCAAGCUCGAGUUCCUCAUCUCCAAAGGUGCUUCAAAAUCACAACUUGCCCGCAUCAUCGAUCUCAACCCUCUAAUCUUGAAAAGAAGCUUAGAGAAACACCUGAUCCCCGCUUUCGAUUUGUUGAACAAUUUCAUUCGUUCUGAAGAAAGGACCGUUGCUUCUAUCUUACGUGCUGGCCAAAUUUUAACUUCUUCUAGGUCGCUUCGAAAUAUUAACAUGUUGGUUGAUAUAGGGGUCCGGGAGAAAAGCAUGGCAAGGCUAAUUCGCCAGUGGCCUUGGUUGCUUAUAUGCAAUUCUGAAGUUCGCCUUAAGAGUAUGGUAGAUGAAGUCAUUAAAAUGGGGGUUGAUCCCAACAAGGCUAAUUUUGUUCCUGCAUUGUAUGCUACGUAUCUUCCAAAGUCCAUGUGGGAUAAGAAGGUUGAGUUGUUCAAGAGGUUUGGAUUAACUGACGACAACAUUCUUGAGGCGUUUGUGAAGCACUCUUGCUGUAUGUUGAUAUCUAUGCAGAAAACUGAGGCCUGCAUUGAAUUCUUUGUCAAAGAACUCAGUUGGAAGCCUGUUGAUGUCACCAAUUAUCCGGUUCUUCUCUCGCUGAAUUUGGAGAAAAGGGUUGUUCCGAGGGCUGCUGUCAUGAAGAUUCUUAUGGCCAAUGGUGCCAUUAGCAGUGGUAAGCAUUUGUUAGCAUAUACUGCUUCGGAAGAGAGGUUCUUUAAGAAGUAUGUGAAUCGUGGUAAGGAUCAAGCACCGGAGUUAUUGAAGCUGUAUCGGGAGAAAAUGAAUCUUCCAGUAAUGGAUAGUAAAUUGAAGUCUUGAGCUUUGUGGAUACCUUUUUGAAUUUCAGUCUACUUUUCUGAGGUUUCAUUUGAUAAUUUGUGCUAAUUUUGCCAUGAACUGGUUUUUUGAUGAAUCAUGCAGUAAUAUCUGUCAGCCUAAGAGACUUAGUUUUAGUGAACUGGGGUUAAAUGUGUGCUUCUAACAUCAUGUUGAGCUGCCAUCUUUUUAACAUUUUUUGCAGCUGCACAAUAUCUAAGAACCUUGUGGUAAUUAGGGAGGACUGUAGAUUGUAGUUCACAAUUUCGCCUUUCAUUAUUUUUCAGGGGAGGUGAAUACGAUAUCCCCUUUAUAUUGUCUGUAAUUUUUGAACAUGAUGUGAUGCCGUUGUUCCUUGCAUGAUUAAUGAGCCCCAAUUUUGAUCUUC